AUGACAGACGGCACAAACAGCAGUAAUAAUCAUCCCACCACUUCUACCUCCGGAGGUGCCAGUGCCAAACCCACACCUGCAAAUAAUGCCGGUGGAGGAUCUGGCUGGGGCGAUCCCGGUUUUGUCAAAGGCGGAACGACUGAGAAAGCAGAUACAGGAUUAGGACUAGGCCAUGUUGCUGCUAACAAUCCUGCGAGCACAACUGGCAAAUUCCUUGGACUGGAGGAUCAGACGGGACGCGCCGAGCACAAGUACUUGGAACGUGCAGAUUUGGCAGCCAAUGAUGUCGAACCUACGAACAGUGGGGAGCCAACUUGUGCAACUGAAGAUCAUAGUUUCAUGGAGCGAAAACCUGGGGGUCCGGACACCUUACCCGGUUGGGAUGCUGCAAAGAAUAUAUUUAAAGCUCAUGUUGUGCACUCUAAGACCACAAACACGCUUAUUGAAGCCUUGCUUGAACAGGUUGCCCAAUUUCUCAACACCUCCGGCGAGAAAGAUCCGGUAUGGGUUCACCAAGUUCCAUACUCCAAACACCCUGAGUUUUCACCCCUCAAAGAAGACAUUGAAACGGAUGUCUGUAUUGUCGGAGGUGGAAUCGCUGGAAUCUCCAUUGCUUAUGAACUUGUCAACCGCGGAUUAAAUGUCACAUUGCUCGAAGCAAGAAAAAUACUUUCUGGAGAGUCCGGGCGUACCAGUGGCCAUUUGUCCAACGCUCUAGAUGAUGGAUACACAGAAAUAGCCAAGAAGCACGGCAAGGAGAAUGCGCGAAUUGCCGCGGAAAGCCAUACCUGGGCCUUGAACCGAGUGGAAGAAAUAGCCAGGAACCUCAACAUCGAAUGUGAAUUCCGCCAUCUCCCAGCGUACGAAAUUUCCCAAUACACCGUGGACCAUCCAGAUUACCAAAAGGAGAUCGACUCCUUGAGGGAGGAGGUCAAAUUGGCAAAGGAUCUUGGCCUACCAGUGAGCUUCCACGAUGACUUGAAAGUCCAGGGUUGGGACGGCGGCCUGGACCAGCGAGGCGGAGCUGUUUUCGAGAAUCAAGCCACAUUCCACCCAACAAAGUACCUCGUCGGGGUUGUUAAGUGGCUGAGGAAACAGCCCAACUUCAAAUGUUUCGCGGAUACCCGAGUCAUGUCACUCACCGAAGAAGGAGUCGAGGUCUUGGGUUUCGGAAACGAACGAGUCACUAUCCAAACAGAGAAUGGUCACAAAGUCACCGCAAAACAAGCCGUCCAGGCAACAUGUGUUCCUUUGCAGAAGCUCGCUGUCAUUGCCCAGAUGGAAUACAAUCGUACCUACUGUAUCGCAAUCCGCGUCCCUAAAGGAUAUAUCCAGGACUGUCUACUUUACGAUCAGGCCGAGCAGUACAAGUAUCUUCGUCUUACAGAGUGUGACGAUAAGGAUGACUACCUCGUCGUUGGCGGCUGCGACCAUAAAGUCGGCCAAGAAGAUACCGGCGGUCGCUUUACAGAGUUGGAACAAUGGGUACGCGCCCGGUUCACUAGAGCUGGGUCAGUGGACUACGCAUGGAGCGGCCAGAUAUUCGAGCCUGUUGAUUACAUGGCGUACAUUGGAAAGAAUCAAGGCUCUAAGCACUCAUACAUUGUCACCGGUGAUAGUGGCAAUGGACUUACGCAUGGUGUUCUGGCUGGGAAGCUCAUCGCCGACGAAAUCGGAGGGUUGACGAAUCCAUGGAGUCAAUUGUACGACCCGCGUCGCAUGGCCAGCGUGGCAAAAUCGCUUCCAUCGAUGCUCGGUCAUGAUCUUGAGAUAAAUUCGCAGUACAAGCGCUUCCUACAAACCGAUAUCACGGAUAUUGAAGAUCUGGCGCCCGGCACAGGCGGGGUCUUGAAUAAAGGCUUUUCUCAGCCGAUCGCGGUCUACAAAGACGAAAAUGGAGAGGUACACGAGCGCAGUGCACUUUGUCCUCACAUGAAGGGUGUUGUUUGUUGGAAUAAUACCGAGAAGAGCUGGGACUGCCCUGUACAUGGGAGUCGGUUUAGCAAGGAUGGAGUUUGUGUUGAGGGGCCAGCUAAGGGUAAUUUGCAGCCUUUGAAGAAGCAACAAUCAGUUUAA